AUGCUUCCACGCACCAAGUACAAUCGCUUCAGGAAUGACUCGGUGACAUCGGUCGAUGACCUUCUGCACAACCUGUCGGUGAGCGGCGGUGGCAAGGUCUCGGCGGCGCGCGCGGCCCCGGCGGCGGCCCCCUACCUGGUGUCCGGAGACGCGCUGCGCAGGGCGCCCGACGAUGGGCCGGGCAGCCUGGGCCACCUGCUCCACAAGGUGUCCCACCUGAAACUCUCCAGCUCGGGCCUCCGCGGCCUGUCGGCGGCCAGGGAGCGGGCGGGCGCGCGGCUCUCGGGCAGCUGCAGCGCGCCCAGCCUGGCCGCCCCGGACGGCAGCGCGCCCCCCGGCCCCCGCGCCCCGGCCAUGCGCGCCGCCAGGAAGGGCCGACCCGGCGACGAGCCGCCGCCCCGCGCCCCGCACGCUAGCGACCAGGUGCUGGGGGCCGGAGUCACCUACGUCGUCAAGUACUUGGGGUGCAUUGAAGUUCUUCGCUCAAUGAGGUCACUUGACUUCAGUACGAGGACUCAAAUUACCAGGGAAGCCAUCAGCCGGGUUUGCGAAGCUGUCCCUGGCACCAAGGGAGCCUUCAGGAAAAGAAAGCCUCCGAGCAAAAUGUUGUCCAGCAUCCUGGGCAAGAGCAACCUCCAGUUUGCGGGGAUGAGCAUCUCCCUGACCAUAUCCACCGCCAGCCUGAACCUGCGGACCCCAGACUCGAAACAGAUUAUAGCGAAUCAUCACAUGCAGUCCAUCUCCUUUGCCUCUGGCGGAGACCCGGAUACAACAGACUACGUUGCCUACGUAGCUAAGGACCCUGUUAAUCGCAGAGCUUGUCACAUUCUGGAAUGUUGUGACGGGCUGGCCCAGGAGGUCAUCGGCUCCAUCGGACAAGCCUUUGAGCUCCGGUUUAAGCAAUAUUUGCAGUGUCCUUCCAAGGUCCCCGCUCUCCACGACCGAAUGCAGAGUCUAGAUGAGCCAUGGACUGAAGAGGAGGGUGAUGGCUCAGACCACCCAUACUACAACAGCAUUCCAAGCAAGAUGCCUCCUCCAGGGGGGUUUGUAGAUGCUCGACUGAAAGCCAGACCCCACGGUCCUGACACAGCCCAGUUUGCAGGAAAAGAGCAAACUUACUACCAGGGGAGACACUUAGGAGACCCGCUUGGCGAAGACUGGCAGCAAACACCUGUCAGGCAAGGGUCCUUGGACAUCUACAGCAUGCCAGAAAGGAAAUCGCAUGUGGCCCCUACAGGAGAAGCCCCCACCUAUGUCAACACCCAGUGCAUCCCGCUGCAGGCUGGGCUGGCCACGGGAAGCAGUGCAGAAAGCAGUCCACGGAAAGACCUCUUUGACAUGAAACCUUUUGAAGAUGCUCUCAAGAACCAGUCCUUGGGGCCUCUGUUGAGCAAGGCAGCCUCCGUGGAGUGCAUCAGCCCCAUCUCACCCAGAGCCCCGGAUGCCAAGAUGCUGGAAGAGCUGAAAGCAGAGCCUUGGUACCAAGGGGAGAUGAGCAGGAAGGAGGCAGAGGGGCUACUGAAGAGAGACGGAGACUUCCUGGUCAGGAAGAGCACCACCAACCCAGGCUCCUUUGUCCUCACUGGCAUGCACAAUGGCCAGGCCAAGCACCUGCUGCUCGUGGACCCGGAAGGCACGAUCCGCACAAAGGACAGGAUCUUUGACAGUAUCAACGACCUCAUCAACCACCACCUGGAGAACAGCCUGCCCAUCGUCUCUGCCGGGAGCGAGCUCUGCCUUCAGCAGCCGGUGGAGAGGAACCCGUGACCUGCCAGCUGCCCCGUCCCGACACCGCACCUGCAGUCAGGAGGGCUCACGUCUUCCCGGUAGAUGGGUACUGGGCCAGGGGAACUCAAGCAUCUGCCCGCUGGCUCAGAGCUUUGUUCAAAAGCCCCAGGAGGAAGGCCUCCUUAAAGUGCAAGUUUCAUAAACUUGUUCCGAAUUCUCAUGUGCAUAUUAAAGGUGUACAUACCUAUACAUCCUGUACAAAUUAUCCCUCUAUAUUUAUAUUUUUUAAGACUAAGAAAGAUGUAAGACUGAUGUCCCGUGCUGUAUGUUUUUAAUGAAAACAAAGUUUGACUGUAGUUGUCCGGGCAAAAUGUUAAUUCAGCUGACCCAUUCCACUGGGAAGGUGUUACCUACUAAGCACAAUACAGGGAAUAGAAGCAGCAGGA